UCGGCGGUACUCGGUUGCUAACGGUCGGUAUGUUCAAAUGUUCGGCUGCAGCUCCUCCUGAGACUCAAGUGAAGAAAGAGCGGAGAGAAAAGAGACCCCCGGACCGGACAGAAGGAGUCUCAGAGCGGGAUGACGGUGCUGCAGGAACCUGUCCAGGCUGCAGUGUGGCAGGCUCUGAACCACUACGCCUACCUGGACGCUGUUUUCCUCGCAGAGAGGCUCUACGCUGAAGUGAGGUCAGAGGAGGCGCUUUAUCUGUUGGCCACAUGUUACUAUCGCUCGGGGAAGCCCUACAAAGCCUACCGGCUGCUGAAGGCUCACAGUUGCUCCACGCCACAGGUUCGAUUCCUGCUGGCAAAGUGCUGCGUGGAGCUCAGCAAGCUGGCGGAAGGAGAGCAGGUUCUGAUUGGUGGUGUGCUGAACAAACAGAAGAGUCAGGAUGACAUCAUCACAGAGUUUGGAGACUCCGCCUCUUUCACGCUAUCUUUACUGGGGCACAUUUACUGUAAGACAGAUCGUGUUGCCAAAGGUGCCGAGUGUUUUCAGAGGAGUCUAACUCUCAACCCGUUCCUCUGGUCGCCUUUCCAGAACCUCUGUCACCUAGGAGAGAAACCAGACCCAGAUCAGGUGUUCAGGUUGUCCUCGCUACAGAACUGCUCCAUUGCCCCGCCUCCACCAUCUGUAAGCCCUGCCCAGAACUCCUCCCAUAGAUUAGACACCGCCCUCAUGGAGACGCCACAGGACACGCUGGAGUUGAAUCGUCUGAAUCUGGAAUCAUCAAACGGAAAGCUGGCGUCUGAUUUGUCUGUCUCCUACAUCGACUCCUCCCUCAUCUCUCCAGACACCGGCUCCUUAUUGGGGAACACGGUUUCUAUGGCGUCAGCUGGCUCACUUUUAGCUAAACAGAACAAGCCCAAGAGUGGGCGGAGUUUACUUGGAGGUCCUGCAGCCCUCAGCCCACUAACGCCAAGCUUUGGCAUCCUGCCCUUGGAGCCCAGCCCAGGAGACCCCACAUAUCUACAGAACUAUUCAUCCACUAUGGAAACACAAACUACAGCCCCCAGCAAGAAGGCUGUUUCCAGGAUCAGUCAGUCCAAGUCUGUCUUCAGUCAGAGCGGUAACAGCAGAGACGUUCUCCCCAUCCCCUUCAACCAAUCGCAGACCUCUGCACCUCACAGCAGUGGCUCUCCUCAGGUCCUCAGUCCCAGCAUGUCGGGGCCGCCAAAUGUUCAGCCCAGAAGAAGCUCCAGAUUGUUUACAAGCGCCAGCUCUACUGCCAAGGAGAACAGUAAGAAGCUGAAGAUGAAGUUCCCGACAAAGAUCCCGAACAGGAAGACGAAGUGUAAAUCGGCGAAGACGUCUAACAGCACCAACCUGAACGAGAGCCUGGACAUCCUGAGACUGGAUCCCAGCCUGAGUCUACCUGAGACAAAGAUCCCACAGUACCAGAGGGCCGCCGCAGACAGCAUAAUGGCGUUGCUACGGGAACUGGGACGGGGCUACCUGGCGCUGUGCUCGUACAAUUGUAGAGAAGCCAUAAACAUCCUGACCUCGCUGCCCCCCCAGCACUACAACACCGGCUGGGUCCUCACGCACAUCGGCAAGGGCUACUUCGAGCUGGCCGAGUACACACAGGCGGAGCGCAUGUUCAGCGAGGUGCGCAGGAUCGAGUCGUACAGAGUGGAGGGGAUGGAGAUUUACUCGACCACGCUGUGGCACCUGCAGAAAGACGUCGCCCUGUCGGCGCUGUCCAAAGACCUGACAGACAUGGACAAGAACUGUCCCGAGGCCUGGUGUGUAGCAGGAAACUGUUUCAGCCUGCAGAGAGAGCACGACAUCGCCAUCAAGUUCUUCCAGAGAGCCAUCCAGGUGGACCCGGGCUUCGCGUAUGCGUACACGCUGCUGGGUCACGAGUUCGUUCUGACAGAGGAGCUGGACCGAGCGCUCGCCUGCUUCAGGAACGCCAUAAGAGUCAACAACAGACACUACAAUGCCUGGUAUGGUCUGGGAAUGAUUUACUACAAACAGGAGAAGUUUAACUUGGCUGAGAUCCACUUUAAGAAAGCCCUGAGCAUCAACCCUCAGAGCUCCGUGCUGCUCUGCCACAUCGGAGUGGUGCAGCAUGCUCUGAAGAAGUCUGAUGCAGCCUUAGAAACAUUGAACCGAGCGAUCGGCAUCGACCCCAAAAACCCACUCUGCAAGUUCCACAGAGCCUCCAUCCUGUUCGCCAACGACAAGUACAAGGUAAUCAAUACUUCAGCCGAGGUGGACGACAGUCAGGACAGCAGCAUCAUGACGGACGCCGACGACACGCAGCUCCACACGGCCGAGAGUGAUGACGUUCUUUAACCACGCCCUUUGGCUCCGCCCCAACCCUGGCUUGAGCCAGUCCCUCCCCUGUUUUGAUUGGCCAGAGGAGUACUGUUCCUAGGCAAUGACAGACCUUCAGUUUAGCUCCGCCUCUCUCCCCAUCCUCCUGUUGACUGAAACGGACUGCUGGUGCCCUGAAGCCCCGCCCCCUGACACUGCCUUCCUGUCAUGUCAUCACAGCUGUUUGGUUUUUUUUUUGUUUUUUUUUUGUUUUUAAUAUUUUUCUUUUGUUUUGUUUUUCAUCCUGAUGG